GCCGUAUUCAGGGGUCAAUUGCCAAUAAAGGGAGACUCGUUGUUCUUCCUUGUCUAAUACCGUCUGCGAUUGAAAAUUGUUGCAUAUGGUUGAACAUGAAUUGGUUGCUUAUAUAAGGACCAUAUCUUCAACAUUUGACUACAUGGAUCUUUGAGAAAUGUCGGCAAUAAUGUAAAAAUGAAUCGAUGUAAUGCAUCGCAGUGACAAAUAUAAUUGUUGUUAUAUUAUACUGUUUGUUACACAUUAAUAAAAAAUCAGAAUUCUGAAGUAACAAAACAUGAACGCACAAGUGGAAAUGGAAAAGGCACAGCAACAAAUGGAAUGUGUUCAAGAGUAUACUAAUAUAAGGGAAUAUCAAAGCAUUAACAUGCAAAAUGCCAACGCAUAUUCGUUACAUACACCGAACGCCGAAUAUGUACUGUCAAUGGACUUUAUGUUGGAAACUAUAACAAUAUGUCAUACCACUCUUGGUGGUGACAUAAGAAACACUAGCAAUCCCAAAGUCAAACGUCUAUCAACCCCUCCCGACCCACGAGCUAAGUAUAAACAUCAUUCCCAGACCAUUACACCAAGUAGCACCUCAUUAUAUUCGAGUCAUUACAACACAAAUUGAAUAAAAAUACAAAUUGUGAGCCAAUACUCAUAACAAUACUAAUAGUAUAUUAGAUAUACAAUAUUUAGAAUUUGGUCUUAAUGCUUUGAGAUAGAUAUUAUAAUUCGUUUAACGUUUAAAAGGGUCAGCAUCCCACUGCAAACCUAAAGCCUUCA